UGGAGAAGAAAGAUGAUCUCACAAGUUGCAUUUGUCAUCGACAAACAAAAAAGAGGGUGAAGAGGGGUGUUGCAUCCCAUUCCACCGCCUUCUUGGUGUUUCUUGCUCAUGAUACCAGAGACACAUAUAUUGGAUACCUCUUCCCCUCACUUUUCCCAGCAGACACCCUCAUACCCACUCAGUCAAACCAAACACCUUACAAAACUUCCCACCAUGCCUCAAAAAGCCAUCGCCGUCACCGCCCCUAAGAAGGGCGACCUGGUCACCGACCGCCCAAUCCCCAAGCUCCGCGACGACUACAUCCUGGUCAAGACCGUCAGCGUGGCCCUGAACCCCACAGAUUGGAAGCACAUCGAGUUUCUCGCGCCCACCGGCGUCCUCGUCGGCUGCGACUACGCCGGUAUCGUGGAGGAAGUCGGCCCCGCCGUCAAGAAGCCCUUCAAGAAGGGUGACCGGGUGUGCGGCUUCGUCCACGGCGCCAACGCCGUGCAGCCCGAAGACGGCACCUUCGCUGAAUACAUCGUCGCCAAGGGCGACAUCCAGAUGCACAUCCCGGACAACCUGAGCUUCCAGGACGCCGCCACUCUCGGUGUGGGUAUCACGACCGUCGGUCAGGCUCUGUACCAGAGCUUGAAGCUGGAGCUGCCCACCGAGCCCGCUAAGGGCGGCAACGCAGGCCCGAUCCUCAUCUACGGUGGCUCGACGGCCACAGGAACCCUGGCGAUCCAGUUUGCCAAGUUGUCCGGAUACAAGGUGCUGACUACGUGUUCGCCAAGGAACUUCGACCUGGUGAAGAGUCUGGGUGCCGAUGAGGUGUUUGAUUACAAUGCACCGAAUGCGGCGGCGGAGAUCCGGAAGGCUACGGAUAACAAGUUGAAGUUGGUGCUGGAUACCAUUUCGUUGGAGGCGAGUGCCAAGUUCUGUGAUGAGGCUAUUUCUACCGAGGGUGGUGAAUACAGUGCGCUUUUGGCGGUGGGCAUUGAGCGGAAGAAUGUCAAUGAUCGGUGGACUCUGGCGUAUACUGCUGUGGGUGAGGAGUUCAUGUUUGGUGACACGCCGUUCCCGGCCAAGCCUGAGGAUAAGGAGUUUGCUGCCAAGUUCUGGGAUAUUGCGCAGAAGUUGUUGGCUGAGGGCAAGAUCCAGGUGCAUCGGCCUAGUGUGCGUGGGGAGGGUCUGAAGGGUGUGUUGGAGGGGUUGCAGCUGCUCAAGGCUGAUAAGGUCAGUGGUGAGAAGCUGGUCUACAAUAUUGCCGAGACUCCUUAGAUAGUGAGAGUUGGAUGUCAAAUGUCAAUGGAAUGUAUU